CCGAAACCGUCAACAAGCGAGCUGCGUGCCAGUGCGAAUGAGAGAGCGAUACGGUGCGAGAAAAAGAUAGCAGCACGAGCGGGAGAAAAGUACGAAUGCUCCAAAUCUAAAGCCAAAAAAACCGGCAGAUCGGAAAUGAAGCAAAAACGUGAAUACAAACAGUGUUAUCUAAAGCAACAUAAAUAACAAAAUUCUGGAAUUGCCUUGUAGUGGCGGUAAAAACAAGAACAACAAGCACAGAACAAAAAUCUGUUGUUUCGCUAUCGCAAGAUCAUAAAACCGAAAGUCGGAAAACAACAACAGAGGCAAACACAGCAGCAGUCAUAUCACAGCAGCAACAUCAAAACCAAAACCAACAAAAUGCGACGUCACACAGUGUGAUUCAGAUCCUCUCCCUCGCACCAACGCCCCUCCCGCUCGCACACCUGCUAAUUUUUUUGUAUUCGCUCUAAUUACAACCCAGAUCAUCUCGAAAACCCUGCGAUCCCCCGAGUAGCGCCUUAUCACCACUAAAUCCCGACGAAUUGAAGUCGCCUUCGUCUCUUAUCAGUUUUGCUUCGGAUGUGCACUGAGAGAAAAUACGCCUAUUUUAGACAUCGAUUUUCCACGUCUAUUUAAAAGAAUACAUUUUUCUCGCCGUGUACCCCGCUCUCCUCGUCCAUGGCAAGCAGUCAAUCUCGUCGGGUGGCGGAGGAGAUUCGAGUUCGGCUCGCCGGCCUGGUGGUGGUCUUAUCUUAGGAGGAGUGUGCGAAGAAUUCGCGGCUGUAAGACGACACCAACAGGCUGCAGACAGACGCUCCCUGAUCGCCAAAAACAGACAAAGGCGGAGCGACAAUAUUAACUUAGAGUGCAUUGGAGCAACAACUGCACUUGGAAUCGAAUAUAUGUAAGUGAGGACGGACGGCAGUGUCUCAAAGUCGAGUUUACUGAACUUUCCACCAAUCGAGGGAGAUAGAUACUGAACAAUGGUUCGCCAGAUCUCGCCAUGGAAAGUUCUCACCCGGCGCAAGAAUCUCCAAGCGGAUGGCAGCGAGGGGGAAACGAAGCUGAAUCGAGUUCUGGGUCUAUGGGACCUCACGGCCCUGGGUGUCGGAUCGACCUUGGGAGCUGGGGUCUACGUGCUGGCCGGACAGAUAGCCAAGGAUCAGGCGGGUCCAUCGGUGAUGAUAUCGUUUGCCAUCGCGGCACUGGCAUCUUUGCUGGCAGGAGUUUGCUAUGCGGAAUUUGGCGCUCGAGUUCCCAAGGCUGGAUCGGCGUAUGUAUAUAGUUAUGUCUGUAUCGGGGAAUUCGUAGCUUUUGUCAUUGGAUGGAAUCUCAUAUUGGAAUACGUUAUUGGAACGGCUAGUGUUUGUAGGGGUAUCAGCCUGUACCUGGACUCCCUACUAAAUGAUACCCUGAAAUACACAUUCGCCGAGGUUGCUCCUAUGAAUGUCAGUUUCUUGGGCAGCUACUUUGACUUUUUGGCCUUUGGCCUAGUGGUUGUGUUUGGCGUUGCACUGGCCUUUGGCGUGGAGACAUCGACUAUGGCAAAUAAUUUUGUGACGUGCCUAAAUAUAUUUAUUUUGGGAUUUGUCAUAAUCGCUGGCGCUUUAAAAGCUGACUAUUCCAACUGGACGGUGGAUCCGAGUACUGUGAGUGCGAAUUCUACUAUCGGAUCUGGUGGGUUUUUCCCCUUUGGAUUUGAAGGCACUCUUCGUGGAGCAGCCACCUGCUUCUUUGGCUUUGUGGGAUUCGAUUGCAUCGCCACCACAGGGGAAGAGGUCCGAAAUCCUCGGAAAAAUAUCCCGAAAUCGAUUCUGCUCUCACUGCUGAUUAUCUUUUUGUGCUAUUUCGGAGUGUCCACUGUACUGACAUUGAUGCUGCCAUACUAUAUCCAGGAUGUUAACGCACCACUGCCAUAUGCCUUCGAGUAUGUGGGUUGGCCAGUGGCCAUGUGGAUUGUCACCGUAGGUGGUUUGGUGGGUCUGCUGGCCAGUCUCUUUGGAGCACUGUUCCCACUGCCCAGGGUUAUGUACUCGAUGGCCCAGGAUGGUCUUUUGUUUAAAUUUCUGGGCAAAGUGAGUCCGAGAUUCCGAGUUCCAGUCACCGGAUCUAUUGUGGCAGCUCUUUUCACGGCCGCAAUUGCCGGACUCUUCGAUUUGUCCCAACUGGUCAGCCUGCUCUCAAUCGGCACUUUAUUGGCCUACAGCGUUGUGGCCAUAUCCAUAAUGCUUUUGCGAUAUAUGGACUAUUGUGAGGUUGACGAGAAUCCAGGGCAGAGGGAAGUCAGAGCAUCGGAAACCACUUCUUUAACUUCGAGUUCCGAGCGAUUCACGUUCGGUUCAGUAUGCACACAACUGUUUAAUGUUCAUCGAGUCCAGGAGCCCAAUGCAAUAUCGUCAAGAAUUGUGGGAGUGCUUUCAACAUUGUUUUGCCUAAUUUCCUUGGGCAUAGGAGUGCUAAUUAUGCAGGCUCAUCUUUUAAUCGCCUCCAAAGAAGUAUGGGCCUUGACCCUCCUGAUUGUGUUAGUCGUGCUGAUGUUGCUGGUGAUCUGUCUGAUUUGCCUUCAGCCCAGAGAAGCUCGUCGUAGAUUAUUUAGAGUUCCCUUUGUACCGAUUGUUCCUGCUAUCAGUAUCUUCAUCAAUAUAUAUCUAAUGCUUCAACUGGAUACCUGGACGUGGAUACGAUUUGGAGUCUGGAUGAUUGUGGGUAUACCCGUAUUUCUUGCAUGCUGGUAUUUAUACGAUUGCAAAAAUCCGGCGAAGAGAAACCCCGAGAGAUGGGACUUCUACAAGGCGCUAAAAGGCUUACAAGAAAGUCGAGAGCAGGAGUAUCAUUGCAUAUCCAAGGAGAGUGUUUUGACCCUAGAAACGCAGCUGAAGAAGAGUCCGAGCAGUAGCCUGAAUCGUAUUCAGAAUCUUAGUGAUGUCGGCGACGAGUUGGUCGAAAUAAAGAACGCCAAUGGAAAGGUUUUUUAUGUGGAGGAUAACAAGAGUGAGAAUUCCACUGCCACCUUGGGCUCCAACCCAGAAUCUCCAUCGCGUGAGGACGAACAGUCGGUAAUCGCAAUGUUGGACGAUGUCCUGAAUGCCCAGGAUACACAGCAAGGCCAACAGGACUUGGACCUGCAACAACAGAUGAUUUUCGAGAGGCAUUUCAGCCUGGACUCUGAAAUGUAUCCAAGUGUUAUAGAAACCGUGAUUGUGGCCACCGUUCACAGUAGCAGCGAUGAUGAUGAAGUCCAAAGUGGGAUUACUCUUAAGUUGAGUAGAUACGAUGAAUGCAAGCUGGUCGCCCAUCAAAUGCUGGAGGAGAUGUUCAAUAGCGAGGCUUUCUAUGAACAGUUGGAGAAAGUUAAGGCCAAAGAGGUUCCUUUGGUGAAAGGGGAUAAAUUGGAGGGGGAAGCUGAAUCUGUAAAUGACGACGAGGCUUCCAAGCCUGUGUUUCUGUUCCAGCGUUUGGGCUCACAGACUUCCAUCAUAUCCCAGGCCUCUACCAUUGAGGAUCCGCUGCAUUCGACCAAGUUUAAAGACCGAUUAAGCCACAUCAUUAUGAAUGCCAAUGCCCACCAAGUGAAGGUAGUGGCCAAGAGAUCCGAGGACGUGGAUGGCGAGGUGGAGCUGGAGCCUGUGCCGGAUGAGGAGCCCAAAACAAGGCCGCUGCUAAAGCAAUCGAAAAGCGAAACCGAUGUGCGUCGCUUAAUGCUCAAGGCCAUCAGCGAGCUGAAAAUCGACCGUAAUGAGACUGGUAAUGCUGAUGAGGUCCCCGCCGAAGUGUCCACCACCACAGGAAACCCCUCAAAGGACCCAGUUCCCGGUGCAGGUCCUAUUGCAGCUCCAGUUGCAGCGGCGGGUGGUAGCAACAUACCGCGUCCACCUAAAUUCGAUCCGGUUCUGUACAAGACCAUCAACAGCAUUAGUCUACGCAAACAGCGACCCAGUUUGAAUCGCCAGCAUAUCGUGGAUGCCAAGAACCCGGCGCUUUUGCGACCGGAAUCGCAGACGGAGACGCGUCCGGAUCCUGGCGAGCAACCGGAGCCGGAGCCGUUGCCAUUCAAAGCCAAAUUGGAGGCCAUAUUGCAGCGGGGUCCCUCACACCGAACCCAGCAACAUCCGGACCUGGUGCGUCGCCAACGUCCGCAGUCUACCUACAUAGAAAUGGAGGAGGUCGAGAGCUGAGGGGGUGCCAUUCGUACCUGUACAUUACGCUCCCCCAUGCCACCCAUCCAAACCCAAUAGCCCCUGGUGAAACCAAAGAGGGUGCCAUUUUACCCCCAGUUAAAAGUAGUUAGGUCCAGCAUGUGAAUCGGAAUGCAAACGUAACUGGUCCUGUACAUAUUUAGCAUAGCUGUAGUUACUAGUCGGUAGUUAGAAUCUUAGAUAAUAAGUGCACGGUGGACUGUGAGGGUAACUUUGGAGGUCCUUUAAAGAUUUUAAAAAAUAUAGAUUUGAAAAAUAUAAUUUGACAUCUUAAAGUUAAAUAAAUACAUACAAUUUAAAGGAAAUUAGGUGUUAAAGUAAAUCUAUAUAAUCCUUAGUGAAAAAUCGUCAAAAUAUGCAAUAUAUUAUAAACUAAAUCCAAGACUUAGACCUAGUCCCUCACAGUGUCACAUAAACUAGCCCGCAUGCCAAGCUAACUCAAACUAGUCGUAAAAGUAUUAAACAAAGAGGUAUUAUAAGUGUCAAAACGAAGUUCAUGCCUAAGAUACCCCAAAUCCGUAAACUAAUCACUUCUCCACUCGCAUAGGACUUUCCAUAUACUUUUUCUACGGACUGCCCAACAGCUACAGAGAAAUGAAGCGACAAAGGGCCGGAUGGCAGAAGCUCAAAUACAGCGAUCGUCUCUGAACGGGAAAACAUCGAAAUGUUGAUAAUUAUGUAUCUAUAAAGGUGUACAUAUGCGCGUACACGGUUGCAUCACUAAGCCAAUUUGAUAAAUUGUAAACUAUUUGCUGGUUAUAAAUAAAAAUCUAGUUGUAAUUAAU